CAUCUUGGCUGGGAAAUGGGCAGAGACAGGAGGCUCAUUCUGUCACUGUUAUGGAUUCCCUUGGGGUCUAAUUAUCUGCUAUUCUUAUAUUUUUCAGAUAAUUUGCUUUCUUCUUCCUCUCAGCAUAUCUCUCUAACUGAAGAGAGAUUGCAACUCCAAACGCUCCUCUCUGGUCACAGUCUGUCUUCACAACAGCCGAGCUGUGUGAGCGUUUCUGAAACGAUCGGGUCUUUCCCACCUUCUGCCCUUGGCUCUGUUGUGACAUCUGACAUGCUCUCGGGUCAAGGUGGAUCAUCUGCCUUGAACCCCUCGUCGAAGAAGACUGCUCUGUCGGACAGUGAGCAGGAACGUUUAGGAUCUGCAGUCCCUCGUGGAAUGAGCAGCCUCUAUGGGAAUGCUUCUGGGAACAACACAGCCUUCAGGGGCUCUCAGCCUGGAGGAAGUGUCUUUGAUAACUACAGUUGGAUGAGCCAACCUGAGCUGGUAUUUGGGAAGCAGGAAUCUCAACGAGUACUGGAAGCAGUGGAAGUUUGUCAAAUGGAGCGAGUUCACCAUGGGACUGGGGCAGAGCACGCUCCUGAGGAGCCAGCAAAAAGUGACCCUUCUUCAAUUGAUUCUUCACAAGAAGAAGAUUCGUUGGAAAGAAUUAGUCCUGACUCUCCUUUCGAGGUGCUUGCCGAAAUGCAAGAGAAGGGACCUUGUGCUGAAGAGACUUCAAAGUCAUUGUCUAUUGUGGAUGAGCGCAAUGUGGAUCUGAACCUGCCUCAGAAGCUUCCCCCAUUCACAGCAGGGAUUGAGACUGAUCCAUUGGGUCAAACAAUGGCCAGAACUGAAGCUGAAACAGUUGCUGCUAUUGGGCCAAAGUCCAGUUUGAAGACAGGAGAACUUCCGCACGCUGUGCCCUGCCCUCGAGCAGGUGUCCAGCAGGAGACUCCUGACAGACAAAGCAGCAUCGGAGAAGGAGAUGUCUUCAGGCCAAAUGCCAUCACAGGAGGUGGGAUUUCCAUGGACAUAACUUCCAAAAGCUUUCAACCUUCUGUCUGUGGAUCAAUGAGCAGACCACAGGAUUCGAUUCCUGGAGAUCCACUUUCUCAGCCGCUUAAUAAAAGAAAGAUGGUCUACGGUCUUGAAAUGGACCUGGAUCUUUCAGACAGGAUGCUGGAGCCAGUAAGUGGCCCUGGAACUGACAGACUCUCUCCUUACUCGCUUAUAAAGAUUACCCCAGAUGAGCCUGUGAACCUUUCUGUGCAAGUACCCACAUCCACCAGUGCUGGCAUCAAGACUCUGCCCGAUGUUGGGCAUGAGGGUCAGAUUGACCCUCUAAAUAGGAGCAGUGAACCCUCAGCAGAGGUACCACACAGAGACCCAAUGGAUGAGCCACAGCCUCUGAAGAAAGAGGCAAAGGAGAUUUCCCCUGGUAAGGAAACUCACCAACUCCGUGAAGAUCCAGCUUCAACCUGGGGCAGCUCACAAUGCCCAGCCCUUGAAGGAGCCACUGCCCUUGAUCGUGUUCUGUCCGUGAGAUUGGAGAAUAUGGAGGCAGACAGUUCCGGAGAAUCUGAUGACACCGUUAUUGAAGAUGUCAGGUCCAUCCCAGUGGGGACCCCCUCGUGUGGGAAGGAGCAGUCAGGUGAUACAGGCACCACUGAGAAACUGGUUUUUGUGCCAGUGUUAAAUCUUACAGAGACCAGGGAGCAGACGGUCAGUGACAGACAGAGAGAGUCUGUGAAUCUUCAAUCCACAGGCACUGGAGGAGAUAGGACACUGUCUGCAGAAACCAAAGGCUGUCCAGCAGAAAGCCCAGUACUGGUUGGAGCUUCACCUGGGCUUGGUCACACAGGAGAAGUGGUGUCGGAACAAAGACCAAUGCCUUCUCAAGAAGUUGUACCUUCAGUCUGUGCAGUUUCCCCUUCCUCACCUCCGGCCGCCAGUUACCAAUUAGAUGAGCAUAUGUCUACAGUAGAAGAAACUGGCAAACGUGAGCCAAGAUCUGGUUCUCCAGUCUUGCCAACCUUGUCCCAUGUGGACCAACCGCACUGGCACCCACGUGGCCUGUCUCCAACUGAUUCUCCUACCACUCAGCAGUCAGCAGACUUUCCUGUCUUCAGUGCUGAUAGCGGGGAGCAUUCUGUGGUGGAAGGUUCUUCUCCUUUACAAGAGAUGAUUCGGAGAUCAGCAGCCCAAAGGGGCCACGUUUUUGGGGAAAUGCAGUCUGUGUCCGUGAAACCAGCUCCACCCCAAUCGAUCAUCAUCAAAUCCACACCCAUAGUUACUGAAACCCCUACAUUCGUUGUCAGAUCAGCUAAUGGUCCAGCGAAGGCCCAGGAGGGAGUGGCUGAGGGAACAAUCAAGGCUUUAGAUUCUGUGUCACCAUCUUCAGUCGGACUGGCUGGAGUCGAACAACCAACCGUGAAGCAGGAAGUAGCCAAUCUCAGCGCUUCAGGAAGGAGGGACACACAGAAAGAUCAAAGAGCCAAGGAUGGACAGAGCUUCAUAGGGUCUGAUGACAGAGUCCAGCCCCAGUUAACCACCGCUCCUCAGGCACUGAGCAAACUAACCCUCCAGCAAUACUCUCCCAUCGAGGAGCCAGGAAGAGACGAAGGCCUGACCCUGCAUCUGGCCCAGCCCCUUGUGGACACGGCCCCUCCAAGUGACUCCAAAGUGAGACCAGAGCUGAAAUCACAAACUGUCUCGGAGCCUGUGCAGAUGGAAAGGCCUGUUGGUGGGGAGGCUUCUGAUAGGCUGAGUAAAAUGGCAGUGAAAGGUCUGAUCUACUGGCGUGACCCUAAGAAGACAGGGGUUGUGUUUGGGUCCAUUCUGACCUUGCUGGUGUCACUGGCCGUGUUUAGUGUGGUCAGUGUCAUGGCCUAUCUCGUGCUGGCUUUGCUAUCCGUCACCAUCAGUUUCCGCAUCUACAAGUCCGUGGUACAGGCUGUGCAGAAAACCAACGAUGGAAAUCCUUUCAAGCCAUAUCUGGAACAGGACAUCACCUUGUCCUCAGAAACAUUCCAUAAAUAUUGCAACAUAGCCUUCACCCACCUGAACCGAGUGCUGAAAUAUCUGCUGCAGCUUUUCCUGGUCCAGGAUCUAGUGGAUUCACUAAAGCUUGCAGUUCUCAUGUGGCUAAUGACUUAUGUUGGAGCUGUCUUCAAUGGGUUGACUCUCCUGAUUCUGGCCGUACUAUUAACCUUCAGCAUUCCGAUCAUCUAUCAAACUUACCAGACGCAGAUUGAUCAUUAUUUUGAACUAGUUCAGAAACAGGCAACCUGUGCUUUUGGGAAGAUCCAAGACAAGCUUCCAGGUGCAAAACGAAAGAGCGAGUAGCAAUGGGGUAGCCCGCUCAGCGGCCUCCAUACGCACUCCUCCCCAUGCCCCCCGCUACUAAACUAUAACUCUGUGUAUUGGAACUAAAUGCUUGCUGUCUGUCUGCUUGGGCCUACGUUCCACCAUUCCUGCUGUAGUGGACUACUUCUGGGAUCUUGCAAUUUGCUCCAUUGUGGAUUUGUUCUUGCCUCCCCUGGACUCUCUCCCUCCACCCCCAAGUCAAUCUUGGCUGACAAGGGGGUUGCUAGUGCAUUGUGUGUCUGUUGAUCACUGGCUUAAGACAUGUUCCUUUCUGCUGCUUCUGUUUCAAUGAGAUUAUAAAUAUAUAUAUUUUC